AUGCAUUGCGGUUCCAAGAUGGCGGCGCCCAGUGAGCGGACAGGACGCCCGGCUGCCGGCCCGGCUGCCGGCCCCGGCGCUUUCCCCUUCCCCCUGCCCGACGCCGGGGCGGAGGAGCAGCCCAGGAGGAAGCCGUGCCGGGCCUGCACGGAUUUCAGGAGCUGGAUCCGGGAGCAACGGAAGCAGACGGCCUCGCAGAGCGGGGAAGCAUAUGUUGAAGAGGAGAAGGAGAAGCCUCCAGAUUGUCCUCUAGACAGAGAAGAACUUGGGAGAAACACAUGGUCUCUCCUUCACACUAUGGCAGCAUAUUACCCAGAUCACCCAAGCAAUUCCCAGCAGCAAGAUAUGACACAGUUCAUUAACUUAUUUUCUAAGUUUUUCCCUUGUGAAGAAUGUGCAGAAGAUCUGAGGGAAAGAUUACGCACAAAUCAGCCUGAUGCCAGAAGCAGGAAUAAUUUGUCCCAGUGGCUAUGCCUGCUUCAUAAUGACAUCAACAGGAAGCUGGGGAAGUCUGAAUUCGACUGCUCCCGGGUAGAUGAACGCUGGCGAGAUGGUUGGAAAGAUGGUUCCUGUGAUUAAUCAGUAGAGACUCUACAGGAAGUCAGACCAAUUCUAGUAUAAUAAGAAUCAUCCCUGAUGUGAACUCAGUACAAGGAGCUGCAGCUCAAUAGUUUGUAUGUGUGGCUGACAUGACUUGUGGAAAUAAAUGUGUCUCCUGCUCUAAAAGGCAACUCAGAAAUCUCAUCCCAACAGAAUAUUGUUUUAGGGGGUAACUAAUAUAUGGUCAUGUAGCUGCUGGGACUGGAAUCAUACAUGUGCCACAGGAAGUGCCAGAAACUUGCAAAGCUCUGUCACUGGGACAGUUCACAGUAAGGAAAAGUCUCUCAAUUUCUACAGUUCUAGGGGCACCUCGUGACUGCUGUUCCUUUCACUUUUUACAUAGUCCUAGCCUCCUCCUCUUCUACAUUUUUGUUUAUCUGCAAACAUUGCCAUCAAGUUUUAGGCAGUGCCUUUCUUCCUCUGUGUCACUUCAGCCCGUUCUGCUGGUCUUACAACUGGCAGCCCCACUACAAAUCCAUAAGUCUGCUCCAUUCUGUGCCUACCAUGUUGUCCUUUGUCUCUUCUUCCAGAGUCUAUGAGCUGUUGUCUGUUAAUGCUAUUUAACCAUUAAUUCAUCUGCUGCCCACUUACUUGCUAAAAGGCCUCAAGGCAGAUAGAUUUUAUUUAAACUUUAAAAAUCAUGGAAUCCAGAUCUCUCAUUCCAGCCAUGAUAAAUAUCCUCAUUUUGUGUGUUCCUUUGUCUAAUCUUUCAAGAGGGCAUUUCUGGAAGAAAAAAGAAGCACAAAAACCUCAAGUAGAACAAAUGGCACAAAUUAAUUAGCUGAAUUUUAAACAUUGUGAUUUGAUUGCUAAUUGUUUGGGCUCAUUGGAAGCAUGACGUAAGAAUUCCCAUGGAACCACCUGCGUUUAACAUAUUUAUUUUUAAUCUCUGCUGUGAACUUUUGUUGUUUGUAGAAGUGGUUGCAAUGAUGUGUGUGUAUCAUCUGGUUGUAAUGAAGCCAAUUCAGAUGAGUUUUACCUCUAAGAGUGUGUUAUGAAAUCCUUGAUAGAUAAUCACAGACUGGACUGGUCUGUAUGCUCCUAAGGUGAAAAUCUCUCUUGGACAGGCCCUCUGCUCAAAGUUCUGUGCAGCAUUUGAAUUCCAUUUGCCUUGUGUUAGUUUUAAAUAAUACCUAGGCCUGCCCUGCAUUGUGGACUUAAAGUGGUGCAUGGUGUGAAAUUCACCCCUAGGAACUGGUCAAGUUCCAUACUGUGUAUUGGGCCGCUAGGUCUGCAUUCUUUGUGGGUGGGGUGGGGGGGGGGAGUGAGAGAGAAUUUCAGAUGAACGUGAAAUAAAAACAGCUUGUUUAAAAUACUUUAGUUGCUUUGCUGGACUUUGUCUAUGUAGACAAAUUUAAAUUGUGAGAAUUAUUGCAAGAUAUUAAAGAUAUAGCAUGCAGUCUUUUUUCCUUAAAUUUGUAAGGAUUUCUGGGUACCAA